GCGGUGAUUUCCGCUCGGAGCUGGGGUUGCCUCGGGAGCCGGGACUUGGGACGGAGGGAGUGAGUGAGGUAAAAUGUCGUUGCCGGACCUCAGCUCCCUGAGCUUGCAGGAGCUGAAUGAGUUGCUGGAGGAUGAGGAGAAGCUGAAUAAAAUGGCGGAGGAGAUGGAGGGGGUACGGAAUAUACAGCCAAAUAAAGACAUAAGUCUUGCUAGUAAUCGUAGUCUAGCAGAACAGAAUCUACAAUAUCACCCCAAAUUGGACUGCCUGAAACUCCAAUUAACUGGGAAAUAUCAAGAACUACAGACACUAUUUGAAGCAUACCAGAUGAGGAAGUCAAAAUUAGACAGUCAAUCUAGUGGCUCUUCACUAGACAUACUACUUGCACUGCUACAAACAGAAGGAGCUAAAAUUGAAGAGGAGACAGAGAUCAUGGCUCAGGAGUUUCUGGAUGGUGAGGUACCCUUGGACGUUUUCAUUGAGCAGUAUCAGAAUAAAAGGAAACUUGCUCAUCAGCGACGGGUGAAAAUUGAAAAGCUGCAAGAGAUUGUCUUAAAAGGACCGAGGCAACGGUUACCACCGCUGCAGAAGCAACCUGAGCCAAUACAGACAAAUCAGAAUUCCAACUUUACAGAAUCCAACACUCCUCCCACUGUUGUGCCUCGGAGGGUUCCACCUCUCCCACCCACUGGAGCCAACCCCACUCCAUUUGCAAGUGUGGCCGUGGGAGUUGAAUCAGUACCUCCUUAUCCAGUUGCUGCUUUCCCUCCUAUCCCACCAAGAUCAGGGAAUAGUGCUCCAAUUCCCACAUCUCAGUUAGGUUAUCCACUACAGUACAGGCCACCUUGUCCUCCACCAGUCGCUCAGAAAGCUGGACAACGUCCUCCUCAGCCAGGCUUUAUUUUGCAGUAAUCUUAUAAAAUGGGGUCCAUUCUACUUUUUGCAUAGGUGCUUUUAAAUUCUGCUGAAAUGUUCAGUGUCUGAUAAAGUGUACGUGAUCAAUAUUUCUUUGAGGGGGAAUCACUGCAUUUGUUGGGUGAGUUCAAAUUAGACGUUUCCUCCAACAUGGCAUUUUUUUCUUAAGAAUUUCAGAAAAUUAUGUAUAACCACAAAGUUCUAUUUUGUGUGAACUCUUUUGGAUAAAAUGUUCGAAGAUGUAAUGGGGCCUUUUACCCUAAUCUUUCAAUUUUAUAAUGCUUUGGAAUCCAUUGCACUUUUUUGGAUAGAGAUCUUAAGUGGAAACUCAUUAGAUUCAGAUGAUGCAAAAAAGGUAAAUGGUACAUGAAGUUCAUUUAAAAUUUAGAAAUAGCCCCUUAGCACAUGGUUGAUAUAAAUUUAUUUGCUGAUUCACAUUUAGAACUAAGUUGAUUUAUUCCUGAAAAGUUAUCUUUUUCUGCUUUUAUACAAUGAUUGGUAUAGACAUAGACUCUAUAAUCAUUGCCGGUCUCACAACCCUAGCUGUUUGUCCCUAUAGAAAAGGUAGGACGAUGUGUGUUUGUAUAUUGCGUGCUCUAUGAAGAUUAUGCCUAUGUGAUUGUAUGGUUGGGUAUAGUUUUCUUAAACUUUCGGCUGAAUUUGACCAUGUUUUUGAAGGGGAGAGCUUCAUUGUAUUUCGUUCAUUUCAACACUAAUGAAGCAGAUUGAACCUUAGUUAUCUUUCACUUGAAUGUUAUACUAAAGCUUCUUAAAAUUAGCUAUGAUCAAACAGGACUGGCCAAAAAACUGAAAUUGAAUUGUUGAAUUGUCUUGCUGAUACAUGUAUAAACCACUUUAAAACUACAAAUCUUAUGACGACAAAAUUUGCUACUUUUGACUUUUAGCUUUAAAAAGCUUGGUAGAAAUUUGUCUUCGGCACUAGGGUAAAAAGGGAGGUAUCGUGUCAACUGCCUGUUGCACACCCUGCCUUUUGAAGUCAGUGGAUCUGAAUAUUGGGCAGGCUGUAUACCAGCCCGUUGAUGCAGUACAACUGAGGACUAAUUUCUACCUCUUUUUAAAGCAUUAUAUUCUACAACUAACUACCCUUUUCAAUUUUUCUACCGUGAAAUGUUGGAGCUGGAUUCUAUUUCGUUGACUGUUACCUUGUGAUGAAACUGCUUUAAAAUUGUGAAAAUGUAUAGAGUAAAAUUUAUAGGAAGAGUGUUAGAUAACCCUGUUUCACCCAGAUGUAUUAGAAAAGCUGUUUUUCUUCAGAUAAGUAAGCUGUGUUGCACAUUUUAUCCAAUGUAUCUGAUCAAUGAUGUAUGUUAAGCAAUUCCAUUCAGGGCCGAAAGCAGAUGUGCUACUUCAUUUAUUUGCAAAUUCAAGGUAUAUAUGGCUGAAUAUUGAGUCUAGAACAUACAUUUGUUAUGUGCCUUAGCAAUAUUUGUUAUAAGGGACAGUGGGAGAUGUUUUACUUUGUAAACUUGUGAUGCUCAUGUGGGCAGCACUUAACUUUUCAUAAAAUGUAUGUUUUUGAGGAACCAGAAGGAUGGAAAGGAGAGUUGUAGGUAAUCGGAUUAUUUGACUAAGCUCGUAGUGUGCAGUAUAUUGGAAUUGUUAAAUGACUGUAAUCUCCUAAUGUUGAUACUAAAAUUGAGCAAAUUAGUUUGUGGUAAGAUAACUCCUUGUGUGCUAAAAAUGUGCUAUUGCAAGUGACUGACAGUCCAAUCUCUUAACUGUUUUGUUAUGACCCUGAAAUUGCAUGUUGAGUUGCAAAAAUCCUUUGCCAUAUUUUGUCAUUUACAACUCAGUCAAGUGAUGUAGCAGUAGCAACAUUUUUAAUCUAACAAUUGAGAAAAUUGUUUGAGUAUGGUUUGUAGGACAACUUGGUCAAAUUGCUUAAGUUGGCUUGAAAGGACCCUAAGAUUAACUAUGUCUGCUACAAUUUUUCAUUCAUCAAUGAUGGAAAACUCUUUAUUAAAUAGCUGGUAACUAUGUGCCUACCAUAGGAAAAACUCAGCACUUCAAUUUCAAAUGUUUUUUUUUUAAAGUAAAAUAUUUGACAGCACACUUUUUUGUGAAGUUUAUAGUUCAGAACUGCUGUUACUAAUGAUUGUUGUAGUGAUGAGCUACACAAAGUUACCUCAAAAUAUUUUAAUCAUAUUCUAUUAAUAAAAUCCAAUGUACUAUA